AAUUCGCAAUGGACCCGUGUCUGACGAAUUGUACCUUAGCUGCGCGGUCUAGGACAGUACUGAUGAACAAGCAAAAGGUAGCCAGCCAGGCGAACCAAAUUGCUCGCCAAUCCUUUUCGUGCGGCUCUGGUCCUAAGAAUUUCCCUCAAAUUAAUUAAUGGCCUUUAAACUUUUGUUAUAGAGCAUUAAAAGCUUUCCAACAUUAAUUUCCAAUGGCAGAUGCCAUCGGAAUUGCGGGAUUGGCGAUCGCCGUUUUCGAUCAGCUUCUAAAGCUUGGAGAGAGGACUGCGCAAACAAUCCAGGACAUCCGGACAUUUGCUGAGGACUUGAAGCACGUAUCAGAGACGAUCAGAAGAGAGCAUGGCAUCACCAAGGCUCUGAAGUAUUUGUUGUUUGAAAAGUCCCCAAGGUAUGGAGGGCAGAUGCUGUUUGAACAGUAUGGCGAAGAGGUUCAGACGACCAUAUUGAGCGUGGUAGAGGAACUCCUUGACACGCUGGAGAGCGCCUCGAAACUACUCGAUCGCCAUUGCGGCUCGGAACAACCGUGGUUCUCAAGAGAUCGUUGCUUUAUGGUUUCUCGCUCACCCAGCCCUUCGACUUUCACAUUAACUGUUGACAAUGCGUCCCAGUCUGGGUCACUAGUGACUGAGAGGAGUUCUAGCACUACGUCCUUGGCAAGGAAAUUAAGAUGGUCUUUGUCUGACAAAAGACGCGCUAAGGACAUCAUAGACCGUUACGCAGAUCGGAACAACAACUUGUACCGCAUUGUGCAGCUCAAUAGCUUUGCAUCUGGGAUCGGGGUUAACUUGCAACACCUAGAGAAUAUGCAGCACAAUCAAGCAGCAAAACAGCUUGGAUUUGACGAAACCGCGGGUCUACAGCUGCUUGCUAAAGCGGCUAUGGUUGGCAUGGCAGACAACUUCGAGAUCAGUGACAGUUUCACUUCCGGGUGGACAGACAUAACACCUAUAGAGGACAGAUUUUUCACGUUCAACAAAAGUGGCAAAUCGUAUCUGCAGGAUACUUGCGAGUACAAGGUGAAUAGCAGUGAGAUUGAUCAUCAAACAAGGUCACGGUUAAAUGGCCUGGUCUCACUACUCCAGCAGCCCAAGGGCCAAGUCUUCCGAAUUCCGAAAUGCAUCGGGUGGAGAUUUCUGCCAUCAUCUCGAGAUAUAGCCUUCAUUUUUGAAUCACCAGGUGCAGCGGGAACGCAACCACGAAGUCUAUUGCGCCUCUUUGAAGAUCCCAGUAUGAAACCGUCGCUGCAAGACAAGUUCAACUUGGCACACAGUCUUGCUAAGAGCAUAUCGCAACUUCAAAUGGUCCAGUGGGUCCACGAGAGUUUUCGAAGCGAGAAUAUUCUGUUUUAUAUUCCGUCUCCGCCGCAGAAUGACCAGAAAAAUGAUCGAAGCGAAGUUGUGAUCCCGCUGGACCAGCCAUGGGUCCUAGGAUUUGAUUUCAGUCGGCCCGAGAGCUUUUUCUCACAUGGUUUCCCCGACACGAAUCCUGACAGGGACAUCUAUCGACACCCAAACAGACAGGGCCGACCGACAAUGACAUUUAGCAAGUGGCAUGAUAUAUACUCCUUGGGUGUUGUCUUGCUAGAGAUAGGUUUUUGGGAGCCAGCCAUCCAACAACAGCAUCCCCGCGAUCUUUUCCGAGCGAUGAGAGAACCUGAGAACAUCAGAGAGCGACUUGUCAAGGUAGCUCGGAGAAGGCUUCCCGCGAAAGUGGGCGGCAGAUAUAGCGAGUUGGUUGUGGCCUGCUUGACUGGUGAUUUUGGGGUGGAAGAUGACACUAAGGAGGACAUCCAACUCCAACAAGCAUUUAGAACCCAGGUUAUCUCGGUACUAGCCCAAAUAGUCCAAAGCAUCUAGUGCUUAUGAUGUCUUUACAAACAAUACUUUAUAAGUUAAAAUACAUAAAGUACAGCGUGUACGCAUUGUUUCUUGGUAGAAGAGAGGGGAGCUGUUUCUAAAGUCCGAGCUUUGAAGCUUGGCACUGACGUGAACACGCGAUCAGUGUCCACGGCAGCUCGCAACCCAACCCGAAAACGAAAUCAUUUGGACUACCUGGAGUAGGCUGGGGACAGCAAUGGGAUAAACUCUGUCGAGCUGUCUUUAGGUCAACUGCCGCCUG